AUGGGUAUCAGUCGUGAUUCUCGUCAUAAGCGUAGCGCUACCGGUGCUAGACGUGAUCAAUACAGAAAGAAGAGAAAGUUCGAGUUAGGUCGUCAAUCCGCCAACACCAAGUUGGGUGGUAAGCGUAUUCAUCUUGUCCGUGUCCGUGGUGGUAACUUCAAGCGUCGUGCUCUUCGUCUUGAAUCUGGUAACUUCUCUUGGGGUUCCGAAGGUAUCUCUCGCAAGACUCGUGCCUUGACCGUUGUCUACAACGCCUCCAACAACGAGUUGGUCCGUACUAACACUCUCGUCAAGGGUGCCGUCAUCCAAAUUGAUGCCACUCCUUUCCGUCAAUGGUACGAAUCUCACUAUGCUAUCACUCUCGGUAAGAAGUCUGCUGAUGCUGCUGAGUCUACCGCUGAGAAGAAGUCCAAGAGCGUUGAGAAGAAGAUUGCUGCUCGUGCUGCCACUGCUGCCAUCGAUCCUCUUUUGAACGAUCAAUUCAAUGCCGGUCGUCUUUACGCUGUCAUUGCUUCUCGUCCCGGUCAAUCCGGUCGUUGUGAUGGUUACAUUCUUGAGGGUAAGGAACUCGAGUUCUACCUCCGUAAGAUCAAGUCCAAGAAGCAUUAA